AUGAACCUCCUCCCCCUCCUCUCCUUCCUCCCCCUCCUCCUCGCCACCCCACACCCACACCCACACCUCUACGACCUCAGCGCCAUGCUCACCGGCUACGUCCUCUGCACCACCACCGCCUCCUCUCCCCAGAUCGACCCGGCCAUCAGCGCCAUCCAGUCCCUCCGCGCACGCCUCUACCGUCCCGCCGUGCAGGACAAGUCGGCGGACCCCUUCUGCACGGACCUGACAAAGAGCGGGACAGCCUAUACCGCGAUCUGCGGCCCGCACGACACGGUGAUGCGGUCGAUGGAUGCGGGCAAGAUGGCGAACCAGAUCUACCGCUUCUGUAGAGCAGAGGUGGGGGGCGUGUGGAGGGUGGGCGGGGUGUAUGUGUUUGAUGGGGAGACGGUGCCGGUGGGGAGGGUGGUGCUGUAUGCGGUUGGGGAGGAGGAGGGGGAGCUGUCGAGGCGUGGUGGGGGAGCUUUGGGUGGGUUGUAA